AUGGCCGUGUCUGAUGAGGACGACCUUCCGCCCCCACUAGAGGCCACCCGAAGACGCGCUCCUGCAGCACCAGCGGAGAAGCAGCCUCAGGCAGGGGGUCUUCGGGUUUCUGUAGGAUUGCUCCAGCGCCUCUACCGGGGUCUGGAUACGCGGCUAGAAGUACACUGCGAAGUGUGGAAGUAUCUACGCAAUUUACACAGCUGGGCCUUUGUCCUGUUGCCUUCGCAGGGCGGCCGCGACGUGGAGGAAGUGCAGGAAAAGAAUGAGGUUGCUGAGGCGCUAAUGGAGAAGGCACCGUCCGCGACCUUAGAUCUGCAUCUCUACUGUAAGAACCGGGGCGUGGAGAAGCAACAGCUUUAUCAUCAGGCAAAUGAAAGCUACUAUUCAGGGCUCCGGGACAUCUAG